CACAAAAUUCCCGUCACCAAAUUCAGCCCACUGGAAAAUUUGGUCCACCUGUCUCGUCAACAGAUUUCAUCGCCCGCGGCCACCGGCGGCCGGCGAACGCCUCCGUCGCGGCCGGCGCAGGCUGGGGAAUUCCACCGGCGGGUUCGCCCAUGGCCUCCCCUCGCGAACCGAGAUCCGGGAGCGCUGCACCGCCGAAAGGGAAGAAGGCGGCGGCGGCGAUGGCGGCGCCUCCCAAUUCACCGAUUGGGUGGUGGCGCGAGGUGAGAGCGCGCUUGUGGCUGCACACGGUGGAAGUAUGUCCCCCAGACCAAUGGCUUGUUUGGCGCCGCUCGGCUCCGCCGUGCCGCCGCCACCGCCUCGUUUUGCAGAGCCGGCUGGCCCGCCCUGGAAUUCAACAGGGAUGGAAAAUAUAAGGGAUCAACACCAUCAUUUCAAUACAGGAGAGAAAUCCUUUUUUUUUAAAGCAGAGAGAUGAGUAGAUCUUAGCUCCUUAUGAUACUACAUCCAAGCUAAUUUUUUUAUAACCAACCAGAUAUUUUAUAUUGUAGUUGCUUGGUAAAACGCAAUCAGCAUUACACACAGAGCUAGGAUUGGUAAUAGAAGAUAGACUUUAAUCCCACACCAACACUUUCAUCUAAACUCCUCCCCUUCCUCAAGACUCUAAGUGGCAAAACAGUCUGUAUAUUAUUUUCUUGGCAUCUCAUACGGAACAAUUUGUUAGUAAAACUUUCUCCACAGACCGACUGCCACUGCCUGCUUUGAUGCAUCGGAAGCCAAACCGCUGGAAUUUCACGGUGAUUCCACCUAUUCUGCUAGGUGGAGUGUACCUACCUCCGCUCUCCAGCUGUUAUAAGAUUUGGUUGGUCGUCUCUUUGGUCAACCCGGCUAAUAAAGCCCUCCAGCUGUUGUUUGUGUGAGAACGUGGGAUGCAUACAAGAUACGGAGUAAUUCUUUACUCAAAGUUGAAAAAACCUCUCCUUUUUUCUUUGUUUGAAGAGGUGGAAGUCAACUUUCUUGCACAUCCAUUUGUGGUUUACUCCCAUUUCCCUCUGUUUGAAUCUGGCUCUCCUCCUAGUUUCUCUCUGAAAGCAGCCUUGCAUUUGAUCAGCAAGAAGAAAGAUCAAGGGCCUCUUCUUCUAGGAGUGAGCUGCAGUUCUGAUCUUACUACUAGUCAGGUGAAUGGAUUAUUGAGUUUCAAGCUGUAAUGGUCAUUUGAAGAAAACAGUAUAUUUUGAAAAAAAGGGAAAUAGGUUUGUACAUUGACCAACAUGGCUACACUACCAAUAGCCACCGGCAUUGGGUGGGUAGUUUGUCCUAUCAUCAAGCUUAUCUUUGAGAAGGUCCAAUCUUAUACAUCAACCCAGUACAAGUGGCAAUCUGACUUGGAGGAUGAUCUAAAAAAGAUCGAAUCCACUUUGAUAAAAAUCCAAUUGGUGCUGGGUGCUGCUGAAAGGUCGCAAAUGCUAGAUUGCAACCAAGAAGCUCUACUUUGCCAAAAUGAAAGAUUCUGCCUAUGAUGCCGACGACGUCAUGGAUGAAUUUGAUUACCUGAUUCUGAAGGCAAAUGCUCAGCAGAAGAGCAAGCUAAGUAGCUUGGCCUCCAGUUCUCUUGCCAUAGGAAAGCGUUUGGUUGGCCAAGACAAGUUCAGAUCCAAGUUAAGGAGGGUCCUCAAUAGCCUGAUUAGAGUAAAAGAAUGUGCUGACAUGCUCAUCAAAGUGAUUGGGGCUGAAAACUCUAAUUCAUAUAUGCCUCCUCAGCCACUUCAAUGGCGUGUCACCAGCUCAAUUUCUCCUGGCCAAAUUAUCAUUGGCCGACAAAAUGAGCAGGAUGAUCUAGUGCACCGACUUCUGAGAGAAGCUGAUGGACCAGAGCCAAGCAGAGGACUAACAAUAUCACCAACACCAUCUAUAAUUACCAUAGUUGGCAGUGGUGGCAUUGGGAAAACUGCAUUAGCUCAGCUUAUUUACAAUGACAGAAGAAUAGUCAGUGGUUUUGAUCUGAGGACAUGGAUAUAUGUUUCAAAUAUCUUCAAUAAGGUCAAAAUCACCAAAGAGAUUUUGAAAUCAAUUGAUAGAAACAGUGAUAUAACAAAUUUCAGUUUUAACAUGCUCCAGGAAGAUCUUAAGAACAAGUUAACAGCAAAGAAGUUUCUACUUGUGCUAGAUGAUGUGUGGUAUGAUGAAAAGAUUGGUGAGCUUACAAAUGCUGAUAGAUGGAGAGAAUUGUUUGCUCCUCUAUGCUAUGGAGCUAAAGGAAGCAAAAUUCUUGUUACUGCUCGAACAAAUAUUGUUUCAAGGAUUUUGGGUUGCCCAGCACCAUUCCAUUUGGAGGGUCUGAAGGGUGAAGAUAGUUGGAACCUCUUCAGGAUCUGCGCAUUUGGCGCUGAAGAUCCAGGAAAUUAUCCAGAACUAGAGUCUAUCGGUGAAUGUAUUGUCCAAAAGUUGAAUGGCUCAGCAUUAGUCAUAAAGGUUGUUGGUGCACAUUUGAAUGCUAACCUCAACGUUGAAGAGUGGACACGAGUUAUGAAAAGUAGUUCAUCAAACAAGGAAGACAUUAUGCAAAUUUUGCGUCUGAGCUAUGAAUGCUUGCCAGGUCACCUCCAGCAAUGUUUUACUUUUUGCAGCCUGUUCCCCAAAGGCUAUUCUCUUGAGCCUGACUUGUUGGUGAAUAUGUGGAUAGCCCAUAAAUUUGUUCAUGGUCAUAUAGGCACAUAUGAAAGUAUGAGAGAAACUGGUAGAAGUUAUUUCAAUGAACUAUUAUCUAGAUCAUUUUUUCAGGAACUUCAGUAUGGCCAUACAAUACGUUAUGUUAUGCAUGACCUCAUGAAUGACCUUGCUUCUCACAUUUCCAGAGGUGAGUACUCCAGAAUAGAAAGAGAUGGUAAUCUUGCAGAAAUUUCAGGAACAACUCGGCAUCUGUCUAUACCUGUCGAAAGAGUAAAUGAACUCCAUGGAUUCCAUAACUUGCAAAGGCUGCGCACGCUAAUAGUUUCUGAACGAAGGCAGGUCUCUUUGCUCAAAACUUUGUCUGCAGGCGGAUGUUUUUAAGGAAUUCAAGUGCAUAAGAGUAUUGGAUUUAAGUGGCUGUUGCUUAGAAUUUCUGCCUACAUAUAUUGAUCAUUUGAUACAUCUCA